AUGGAGGCAUUUCACCCCGACGGGUUCGGGGCGCCGGCGGUGGCUAGCCCACGCCAGGUAUCUUCCUUUCGCAAAGUAAUUAACAUUGUUGGAUGUGUGGUCUUCUUCGCGAUAUACUGGAUGAUCAUUUCGGGCUGCCGGUGGCCAGUAACGCUCGAUUUAUUCGUUUCCAUUGGCCUCACAGAGCUCAACCGAUUCCUCAACGAAAGUCGCCGGAUGGAGUAUUACAAGGACAGUGGGGAUAGCGGCGAUCAAGACCAGGAGAAGGCCGCCCUCACGGAGAAGGACGACACGGAGGUUAAUCUGGAAAAGGGUGCUAUAGACUGGUCGACCUCGGGGAAGAAGGAGUGUAUCGCUGCCAUUGUGGGUUGGCGGGAGGACCCUGCCCUGUUCACCAGGGCGCUGACGAGCUACAAAGACGCCCAAAGUUGUGGGUUUGUCAUCGCCGGAAUAGAUGGAGAUGCCGAGGAAGAUAUGGAGAUGGUUCAGGUCUUCAACGAGGUCUUCCCAACACAUUCGCACGUCAUUCAUGUUCCGGAGCCACUGGGCGAGGUUGCGCAUCAAAUCUACGAUCAAGAGAUAUUAUCGAGAGAAAAGGCCGGUCUGCCGAUCGAUUAUACCGAGAUCCACGAGAUUGCCAUACGAAAGUGUCUCCUCCUUGCGCGGGAAAUGCUCACCAACGCGAAGAUCGUCUUCAGUGGCCCAAACCACAUCCGCUAUUUAUGCAUUCGCCAGCGACACAUGCACAAGAAGGGUAUCAUGUUUACAUCAUACAUCUUCUCCCUGGCCAUCGCGGAUAUUCUGGGCAUCGAAUUUAUCUGGAGCUCCGACUCCGACUCCAUCGUCUCGAGUAAUUCGAUCAGCGGCACGGUCGAUACGAUGGCAACGGACCCUUCGAUCGGAGGAGCGAGUUCUGGAUUGUUCCUACACAACAGCACCGAGUCAGCCGUCGCCCGAAUGGCCGAGACGGUGUACUGGGGAGAACUCUACGUCAAUAGAUCCAUGGCUGGUUCAACGUUGUCGAGCGACUGUCAGUGCGGGCCAAGCACCAUGUUUCGCCUCUCUGCGCUGCCGCAUAUCCUUAUCCCGUGGUACUUGCAAACGAUCAUGGGCAAGCGGAUGAUCAUCAACGAGGACCGUCACUUGACAACAAACCUACUCAAACGCGGAUGGGGCGUCGCUUUCGCCUCUGAUGUCCUCACGGCGACCGAUACGCCUACUAAUCUGGCAGGUUGGCUCAAGCAGCAGAUCCGCUGGUCUCGAGGAACCCAUAUCGAAUCACUCCUCGAGCCGAGCGUGUACGCGGUGAACCACCCGCUCUUGUUCUGCGGCAUGAUCAAGCGCGAAUUCGUCCCCAUCGGCAGUCUCCUCGCCACCCUGAUCUAUUUCUUCACGGGCAAGGCGCUGGUCACUUUGCCAUUGGAAGAUCUCGCAAUCCGAUGCAUCGUUGGGUGGUCGUACAACUAUCUCCGCAACACACAUCGGCUGACGCCGGGGACGUGGAAAUGGCUGCUCCCUGGCUUGAUCUUCUACCACGUUCCGAUGCCGGCAGUGUACUUCUGGAGCUUGAUCACGCUGACGGCAGAUGGAUGGGGCACGACGAUGAGGUCGAGCAGCGAGAAGGCCAAGAAGGACGGGGUCUGGAAGGCUUGGUGGGAGAACGGAUUCUUUGUCGUGUGGAUGGCCAUCGUUUGCGGAUCGGCAGCACGAUGGUUGACGAACCAUGUGUUUGUCGGACUGAUGAGCGGGAUGGCGGCGACCUAUUUCUUCUUGAUCAGUGCUGCUCUGGGGAGCUUCUUUGCUUGGAAAGCUACCAUUGCGACAACCUCCUAG